AUGGCUUCGACAGUGGCAGAUUCCUCUCUAAGUAGUGGUGACAGCAGCAAAGACUCGGGUACGCUGAAGGGCAUCCCGAAGGCGACCUUCAUAGAGGAUGUGGACGUUUAUCUCAAAACCAAUGGCUACGCUACUAUUCGCGAUGCAAUGCAGGCUCUUGACCAACUCUAUCAGAAGUACAAACUCAUGGAACAGGCCUUUCUUCAACGGAAGCUUCGUCUCCUCCAGCAAAUGCCAGAUAUCACUAAAACUCUUGACGUGGUGAAGCACUUGGAGAAGAAAAACGAGGACUUUGAUGUCACUUUUGAGGUCUCUGAUCAACUCUAUACUCGCGCACAUAUCGAUAAGGCUGAUAAGGUGGGUUUGUGGCUCGGGGCGAAUGUGAUGCUAGAGUACAACUUGGCGGAAGCGAAGGAAAUCCUCCUGGCAAACCUCUCCUCAGCGGAGACCUCCAUGGCCGAUGUGGAGGAAACGCUGGCCUUUCUAAAGGAGCAGACCACCACCGUAGAAGUCAGUCUGGCGCGUCUGCACAACCUCAACGUGAAGCGUAAUCAGGCUGCCGCGGCUGCCGCCUCAGCUAAUGGGGCGAGAAAAUGA